AUGUCGGAUGCACUGAACAUGAAGCUCUCCGCAAUUGUCCUCGCGCUCGCGGCGAGCGUCAGCGCACGGAACGUCUUCCGCUACGAAGGACAGGCCCUCGUCAGACGCAACGACCUCGAUGUGCCUGGCCAGAACCCGCUCAAGUUUUGCGAAGCCGACCGCGAGAAAGACAUCAUCACGAUCGAGGAGGUCAUCUUGACGCCGAACCCGCCUGAAGCAGGCACGACCCUCGUCAUAGAGGCCAGCGGCACGGUAAAGGAGACGAUUCUCGACGGCGCAUACGUGAACCUGGAGGUCAAGUACGGCUACAUCCGCCUGAUCAACACGCAGGCCGACCUGUGCAAGGAGAUCAAGAAUGUGGAUCUCGAGUGCCCCAUUGAGAAGGGCAAGAUCUCCAUAAUCAAGUCUAUCGACCUGCCCAAGGAGAUCCCACCGACAAAGGGCAAGUACAACGUCCAGGCCGAUGUAUACAGCAAGGACAACGAGCACAUCACCUGCUUGACCGCCACUGUGAUCUUCGGCCGCAAGUCCUUAGGCGGCAUCCUAGACCUUUAG